AUGGAUGCUUUCCCAUAUAUCCCACCACAUCUCAAAUAUGCUGGCCUAUCCAAGCAAGAAAGAGAUAGAAAUGCCGCUGCAGAAAAAGGACGUGACAGCACCAAGGCCAGCGUCACCUUCUUGAGCCAGGCCAAUUCCCCGGGGACCAAUUUGUCGCAAGCGGACCCUCUCAACACCGCAAGGAGACACAGCACCAUGAGCACCCGCAGCUACCCAACACCAUUUCCCGGAGGCAUGGAGACCACGGAAGAUGAUGACCUUCCCCCGUUUCCGGAGCCGGAGGUAUCUUCACUGGCCCUCGAUACUAAACCUGGCGCACAGAUACAUUACACAUAUUACCCUGCCUCAAAGCCGCAGGGCAAUCACCCCAACCCGUUUUCCCAGACGCUUGUCGUCUUCCUCAACGGGGCCAUGAUGCCACGAAGCUCCUGGGACGCUGCAAUACGCAGCUUCCUGGAAAAACGAAUCACAGGCCGACUACCGUAUCCAGGGUUACUAAGCUACGAUCGAUAUGGUCAAGGGGAGUCUGACCCAGACCCCGACGACCCUCACCCCCCGCCCUCACACGGCCAUGACGCCAUUUCAGCCGUCAAAGCGCUCAAGCAAUUUACCCUACAAAUUUGGCGCGAACACCUCGAUAUCAACAAGCCAACCCACUACCCCUGUCUGAUCUUUGUCUGCAACAGUCUAGGCUGCGCCCUUGCCCGCCUGUUCGCCCAAUGCUACCCAGGCACCGUUUCUGGCCUCCUCUUUCUCGACAGCAUAAUUGCGAAUUCCGACUACCAGGAGUUCUGGCCAGACCCAGAUGCUCCAGACUUUGAUCCCCACAUGCUCCCUGACGACGUGACAGCCGAUCAGGUCCGCGCUAUGAGGGAAAAGUACAGGAGCAUGUUUCACCCGGAGGCACCGAGUCCCGAGGGUCUUUCACGCAGGAACCUGGCUAAACUGCUGCCGGAUGCUGGGGCCCCGAAACUAGAGGGGUAUCUGGGUCGAGGCCCUUAUUUGACGGUUGUGGGUCAUGAUUGGGAGACGUUUGCUGAGCAGUCUUCCAACCCUCCCCUCAACGCUCCCAAAGCCCUCACAAUGGCGUAUGCGAACCCGGCAUGGCGCCGCUACAACGAGGAGCUAUGCCGCAUCACCGAGGAAGGCAAGGCCAUUGGCCCCAUUACCGCGGUCCGCUGCGGCCACUUUAUCCAAAGAGACGAUCCACGCUUUGUCAGCGACGAAAUGGUGAGUUUACUGGAUAGAGUGGUGAAUCGGGUGCAGCAGGUGAGCAAGCGAGAUUGA